AACCGGUGCCGGUUCCUCAUCGGCGGGAUUGGCUGCGGUUCCGUGACGCGGCCCCGUUUUACCGAGGGGGGGUGUGUGUGUGUGUGUGUGGGGGGGGUGGAACCGCUGCGGCGCCGCCGCAGAAGCCGCCGGGAUGAGCGCGGCCGAGGGCUGGCCCCGGUACCGGUGGGGCGGUGGAGGCGAGGCGGUGCUCCGUGCCCGUGCCGAGGCUGCCGGGUACCGGAGGCUGCUGCGCGCCCGGGCUGCCGAGGUGGAAGCGUUGCGCGGGGCCGUGGGCGCGUUGCACCGGCAGCUGGAGGGGCUGCGGGACCGGCGCAGCGGGGAGCUCGCCAAGUACCAGGAGCGGGUGGCGGAGCUGGAGCGGGAGAUCGGGGAGGCGGAGGCGGAGAUGGCCCGGUGCCUGCGGGAGUACCCGGCGCUGCUGCGGCUGCGGAUGGCGCUGGAGGCGGAGAUCGCCGCGUACCGGGAGAUGCUGGAGGGCGAAGAGCUGCGCCUGGGCUGCCUGGCCCCGCCGUGACGGGACCCCCGGCCCCGCUGCGGGACCCCGCGCCCGGGCCCCCGGGCCCCCCGACUUCUGCGCCUCGGGGUCCCCUGAGCCCCCGCUCGCCCGCGCCCCGGGACCUCUGCCCCUGGAUGCCCAGGCCGUGGGACCCCCGGACCCUCUGGACCCCUCUGGACUCCUGGAGCCCCGGUCCUUCUUGUCCCCCUGUGCCAUGCCCCCCCUUCCCCCCCUCCCCCGGACUCCUGGGACCCCCGGCUACCCGGGCUCCCCAGACCCCCGCCCCGGGAGGCCCCGGCCCCCCAGGAGGGCAGCGCCCACGGGGCUGCACACUCUCACCAGCCUCUCUGGAGCAGCAGCGGGGUUGGGGUCCCGGCCCCGGCCCGUGCAGAAGCACCUCAAUAAAGCCCCGUGGCAUUA